AUGACUGCUGGGAGUACUGUGAAUGGUCAAUGGCAAAGAACGCUCUUUGAAUUGGGGAUCCUGAAGCUUUUGAGUCUUCACCCGCUAUGUAAACCUCUUGCUAAACCUAGCGAACCUCUUGCUAAACCUAGCGAACCUCUUGCUAAACCUAGCGAACCUCUUGCUAAACCUAGCGAACCUCUUGCUAAACCUAGUGAACCUGUUGCUAAACCUAGUGAACCUGUUGCUAAACCUAGUGAACCUGUUGCUAAACCUAGCGAACCUGUUGCUAAACCUAGUGAACCUGUUGCUAAACCUAGCGAACCUCUUGCUAAACCUAGCGAACCUCUUGCUAAACCUAGUGAACCUCUUGCUAAACCUAGCGAACAUCUUGCUAAACCUAGUGAACCUGUUGCUAAACCUAGUGAACCUGUUGCUAAACCUAGCGAACCUGUUGCUAAACCUAGUGAACCUGUUGCUAAACCUAGCGAACCUCUUGCUAAACCUAGUGAACCUCUUGCUAAACCUAGCGAACAUCUUGCUAAACCUAGCGAACCUCUUGCUAAACCUAGUGAACCUCUUGCUAAACCUAGCGAACAUCUUGCUAAACCUAGCGAACCUCUUGCUAAACCUAGUGAACCUCUUGCUAAACCUAGCGAACCUCUUGCUAAACCUAGUGAACCUCUUGCUAAACCUAGCGAACCUCUUGCUAAACCUAGUGAACCUCUUGCUAAACCUAGUGAACCUCUUGCUAAACCUAGCGAACCUCUUGCUAAACCUAGUGAACCUCUUGCUAAACCUAGCGAACCUGUUGCUAAACCUAGUGAACCUGUUGCUAAACCUAGCGAACCUCUUGCUAAACCUAGUGAACCUCUUGCUAAACCUAGCGAACCUCUUGCUAAACCUAGCGAACCUCAGCCAAAAAAUAUAAAAACUCCAAAGCAGUAUGAUUAG